AUGGCGUUUGUUUUCACGCGCUUUGUGGAGACUGGCCGCGUGGCCAAGUGCGCCGUCGGCAAAUACAAGGGACGCCUCGUCGCGAUUGUCAACAUUAUUGACCAAAAUCGGGUUCUCAUCGAUGGCCCGCUGUCCGGUGUGCCCCGCCAGCAGUACCCGGUGAACCACCUCCACCUGACCAAGUUCCGCGUCAAGUUCCCGUACACCGCCAAGACCAAGGUGGUGCGCAAGGCUCUGGAGGCGUUCAACGUUAAGGAAAAGUUCGCCGAAACCAGAUGGCAGGAGCGUGCCAAGGCCAAGUCCAAGCGUUGCAACCUGUCCGACUUUGAUCGGUUCAAGCUGCGCCUGGCCCGCGCCGAGCGCAACCGCAUCGUCAGCGCCGAGUACAAGAAGCUGAAGAAGACGGUCGUCAACAACGGUAUGCUGUUCGGCAAGCCCGUCAAGGGAACCAAGCCGCUGCCCAAGCGACGCAACCCGAUCCCGAAGAAGGACGGCAAGAAGAAGCGCGUCCGGAAGACCAAGAAGCCCGCCCCGGCCAAGAAGUAAGGCGCGUGCUACUACUUCAACUCUAGGCGUUAAGGGUUAAGGCGAGGGUCGUGUCUGUGUACUGAAGGAGGGAGACAAAAAUAUAAUUAAAGAUUACCGAAAAAAACACACACAAGCUAA